UGCAGCGGAUGUUGAUGUUUUGCUCCGGACCGUGUGUGAGUUCUGCUCCGGUAGAUCAGCUUUAUGCGGGACGCGGAGCUCCUGAGUGACCUGUGAGGAAAGCGGAGUCUCUCCGGGGCGCAGGGAGGCCCAGGCCGGCCAUGAUGGAGGACUUUGAUGAGAUUUACGAAGAGGAAGAGGAGGAGGAAGAAGAGGAGGAGGAUGAAGGCCGGGCGGCGGAGGAGCAGCUUCUUAAAUUCGGACCGGAGCCGGUGCUGGUGCGCGGGGCGGGCCGGGCCACGGUGUUUGGACUCAGCAAUAAAUUUGAGACAGAGUUUCCCUCUGCACUCACAGGGAAGGUGGCCCCGGAGGAGUUUAAAGCCAGUAUCAGUCGUGUGAACGGCUGCCUGAGGAAGACGCUGCCGGUGAACGUGCGCUGGCUGCUGUGUGGCUGUUUGUGCUGCUGCUGCACGCUGGGGCUCAGUCUGUGGCCCGUCAUCUGCCUCAGCAAACGCACACGCAGAUCCAUCGAGAAGUUACUGGAGUGGGAGAACAACCGCCUUUACCACAAGUUGUGUUUGCACUGGAGGCUGAGCAAAAGGAAGUGUGAAAGCAACAACAUGAUGGAAUACGUUAUCCUAAUAGAGUUUUUACCCAAGAUUCCCAUCUUCAGGCCGGAUUAGCAGGCGCUCACGCCGUCCUCUGCCUAAGGUGCCUUCCUCUGGUACUCCCUCGCUCCGGACUAUAAACUCAUACACACACACACACACACACAUCUCCAGACAGCAGUCACUCUUCACACACCUCACACUCGGUGAUGUUUACACCACUGCGUCGCCACCCGAGAGCCUGCAGCACAAGAUAACGCCCCAGGAACAGGGUGGUUACCAUAGCAACGGACCAACCACAAAAGGAAAAAGAAAGAGAUGUGACGUCAUUUUUCCCCCCUUCAGCAUUGACUCAGCAUACAGCAUUACCAAGUCAAGGGGCGGAGCUUAUCAGAAAACACCAUGUGAUCUUAUGACAUCUGAAAAUUGGAAUGAUUAGCGCGAGUGUGUUGGGGAGCGUGAUAUCUUGUGGAUCUCCUGCUGACGACGUAGGAUCGCGUAAUUUAUGCUAGCUAGCUAUAUUCCGGUAGCUGACUAGCCUGACUGUGGUCGCGGUAACGGUUCAGAAUCUUAACGCUUAGCUUAGAAAUGAAAAUGUUUUCUGUUUCAGAUAGCUACGGGUUCUGUGCGUUAAGUACUUUAUGCUAGUAGUAACAAGUAUAAAGAAUGUAAAAAAAAUUAUGUAAUAAAAAAAUUAUCCCAAUUCCAAAGAACUCUGAAAUACAGCGUAACUUUAGCUAGCUUAAUAGUCAACUCGGACGAGAUGACAGAACGUUAACCCUGUAUUCCAGGAUAAAGCUAACUUUUUUUCAGUUUAUUUUUAUUUUUUUCUACAAAAUGAACGCGUUAGUGACGUUAUUCGCUGUUACAUGAUCAAGGUUUGUGAUCUCACACUCCUCAUGACCUGGAAACGCAAGUCCUACACACACACACAGACACACACACACACGAUUCACUUCAUCAAUGGACCUGAAAGAGACAAUCACACACACCGGCUGCGCUAAACACGGUAAAGGAACAAAGUGUGAGACUUUUCCAGAAUGUUCCGGGUGCAGCCGGACCCCUUAAUGCAGCACAGGAUGGAUUGUUUCUAUUAUUAUUAUUAUUAUUUUUAAAGCGUGUGGGAACUUUAACAGUCCUCUCAUAGAUGUGGUUGUGUGUCACACACAAAAAAAAUGAGGCUGCGUCUCAAAUUACACUUUUGUGGUUGUUAGCAUGCUAACAUCUAAAAUGAUCUGUUUUGCAGUUUAGUUUCCGGAAUCUAAAUUCUCCUCUGAAUAAUAUAAACUAUAAAAAAUAAGUGUGUUUCCAGAGUGUACACUAUGUACAAUGUGUUGUAAAUUAGGUCAGCUUUGUGAUUUGAGACACAGCCGUGCUCUGAAAACUAGCCACCCUGCUAGCAAAUUCUCCAUUUUUUUGUUAGUUUUUUGUUUAAAGGACAAAUAUUUGAGCUCUAACAUUUCAGACACUCACAUUUGUCAUAUUGUCUGAGGUAAAAAAGGAAACGUUUUCAUUCCUCUCAGCUGAAAUUAGCUAAUAUUAUGCUAUCAAAGCCAGCUUGUCAACUUGCUGCGUUUUUAUCACGAACAGUACAACAUUUCACACAAAAAUGUGUUUUAUAAAUGUGUGAGGCAUCAGGAUUGUGUUUUUAUAAUGUUUUUGUGUUUAGCAAAAAAAAAAAAACUGCAUGUCAUCUCUGUUUGCUAGCAACUUCAGGUUAGGCUAGCAGCUCACAACUUUUAAAGUCCUGCUAGCUCUUUUUUUAGAUCUUUUUUUGUAUUUAAAGGAAAAUCCUUUCAGCCUGAUAACAUUUCACACAGUUUUGAUAUCGCCUGAGGAAAAUACAGGAAACAUAUUUAGUCCUCUCAACUAUUAGCUACUAUUAUGCUAACAAAGCCAGGAGAUGCUAGCUCAUGCAAACUUGCCGCGUUUUUAUCACAAACUGUACAACAUUUCAUACAAAAAUGUGUUUUAUGCGAGCGUCACACAUCAGGAUUGUGGGUUUUUUUUUUCGUGCUUAUUAAACAUUUGACCGCAAUAUAUGGUGUGUGAUUUGAGACACAGCCCUGCUAUGAAAACUAGCCACCCUGCUAGUUGUUGGCGUAUUUUUUCUUUAUCUUUAACGGACAAAUCAUUCAGCUAAAUACCAUUUUACACACUAACAAUUUUAUCAUUGUUUGAGGGGGAAAACGAUUUUCAUAACAUUAUGCAAACAAAGCCAGGACGUGCUAGCUCGACUCACCUGCGUUUUUUCACAAACAGUACAACAUUUUAUGAGUGUUUUCAUGAGUGGAUCACACAUCAGGAUUUUUUUUGUUUUGUUUUUGUAUUUUACAAAAAAACAGCAUGUGAUUUCUAUUCGCUAGCCACGUCAGGUUAUGCUACUGUAGGUCUUAAAUCACACCGCUGUUUUCUUUUUGGUUUUUAUUUAGUUGUGUUACAGUUAGCAGUGUGGCUAAUUGUUAUAAAUGCUCCAUUACUUCCGCCUGUGAGAAGACUUUGAGUCUGUAAAGCUCCCACAAGCAUUUUAUUUUAGCUUUGUUUACUUGCUCAGUUAAAAAGAGCAGCUAAUGUUCAACUUCUUUGGCGUGUGUGUGUGUGCUUUUUUGUAUCUGUCUGAUAGGUGAUACCAAUUAAGAAAAAACAAUCAAGAAAACUUUGCUGUGGUUUAACUAACUCACCCCUCAAGUUAUUUUUACGUCCUUGUUCAGUUUGGACAAAAGAAAAUAGGUUAGCGCUGUAGCUGUGAUGCUGGAUUAGCUAGCAUGGAAUGAAAGCCUGUGUUAUUUUACCUUCAUUUUGAAAAAGAAAUUAUUAAUCUCACACACAGGUAUUGGUAUGUCUCAGGUUUCUGUUUUCUUUCUUUUUUUUUUUCUUUAUCAUUUUAAAGUUUUCAGUUUGUUUUUCGCUGCCUGGUGCUUUUCGUUCUCCUUCAGGAACUUGCCAAGGAACAGAAAGCUGUAAGACGUCCAGCGCCUGAAACACUUUCACUCGAACAAGAAAUAAAACCACAGAUUAAAGUUAAACUCUAUUCAGGAUGUCAGUUAGCAGAUCGUACAGGUGUAUUCUUACUUGGAGAUCGUAAUUAAGAUUCUUAAUCUUUAUAUACGAAUAUUUAAUGGAGUUUAACAUUAACAUUUGCCCAGCAGGUUUUACCCGAGCGUGUAUGAGUGUUUGUUCAUGAUGCUUUAUGUCUUUAUCCGUUAUGAUUCUUUUCUUUAUUCGUUUCUCUACAGAAUAUUUAAGUACUGUGUAUGUACAGGAAUAAAGUACAAAUACACCAAAA